GACCUAUGUCGUUAUUGUUAACGAAUAAAAUUAUAAUGGAACUUACGAAUUUUGAAGAAGUUUUAAAAGAACUUCAAGUCUCUACAACUGCUCUCGAAGAAAUUCAACCAAUGGAACCACCAUAUUGA